CCGGGUCUGACCACUUCCUCGCAUGUUUCUUUGGGCACAACCACAACCCGUGACAGAGUUUAUUUAGCCGCAGCCAAACAGAAGGGAAACCACCGGGAUGGACCGUCUUACGGGGGGUGGAUAACCCCCCGAUUCAUUUAUUUAAACAUGCCAUUUCGGAAACAACUCUUUCGUUAAAGCCGUGAAAACCCAACCAUGUGGCGAGUCCAGGGUUUUGUUGGGAGAGUUCUGCAUCGAUGUCAUGGCAGCAGCACCCUGCGACUGCCCCAGAAUCACCAUGUGGAGGACGAGGUCAUCAGCAGCUCGGCCGCCCUCUCCACUCGACACUCCUCUGACAGCAGUUCUCAGAAAGAGGAGGAUGGAGAGAGGAAGCGGGGGAGGCAGAGAACCUUUCAGUUCGGCCACGCUGACCUUCCACGGUACACAGCCUUGGAUGCUGUGGGAUGGGGUGCAGCCGCCGUCCUGUUCAUGCAGAUCUGCAGGAGGAUCCACUCCCAGUUUUCCUCAGGCACUGAUCCCAGUCCCACCCCCGGAGCCCUGAAAACAUCCUCCACGCACAAGUGUAGCUACCGCACCCUGCUGGAAAUCUUAUCUAGACAUGAUGUCCUGCCCAGAGGGAGGACUGUGUCCUGUCUGCAGGGGGUGGCAGAGAGACAGAACCAAGAUCAGCCCCCAUCUCAAAGCAGCAGCAGCAGCAGCAGCAGCAGCGACAACAGUCUUCACAGCAGCAGUGAGAAUGACCACCUCAUCUCUGACCACCAGAGGGAGCUCUUGAUCCAGGAUUCUCUUCUCCCAGAGGAAUCACUUCUGUCAGCAUCUCAGAGUAACGCCAAACCAGACAACGCAGAGAAAACGGACACCGGUGAAACGGUAGAUGCAGCUCUUUUGCACACAUUAUCUGAUGAAGAGAGGAUCACAGAAGCAGGACAGAGCCUCAAACAUGUGGGAGACACGAGCGUUCCUGUGAUCCUCAACGUCAUCGGUCUGGAAAAUGCCAAAAGGGAGAAAUACGAAGAAGCUUUUCCCUGUUUUCUGGCUGCAGCUAAGCAGGGAUACAGUAAAGCCCAAUUUAACACUGGUGUGUGCUACGAGAAAGGCAGAGGAGUCAACAAAGACGUGGAGAAGGCUCUGUAUUAUUACAGACUUGCAGCACUCGGGGGCCACAAACAAGCUCAGUACCGCUAUGCAAAGCUGCUCCUGACCAGCAGGGGGCAACAGAGUUUAGAGGAGUUGGACUUGGCCAUUGAUUUACUGGAACAAGCUGCUGCAGCUGGACUCACCAAGGCUCAGCUCUGUGUGGCUUCGGUCUACUCUCAGGAUCCGGUGAGGAAUGGGUGCAAGUCUGUCCAGUAUCUGAAGAUGGCAGCAGAGAGCGGAGACAACACGGCCCUGCUGUUCUUGGGUCAGUGUUAUGAGAGCGGCCUCGGAGUGCGGCAGAACUUGAGGACGGCCUUUGAAUUCUACAAACGAGCGGCUCAAGCAGGCAACAAGCAAGCUCAGAGCUUACUGACGCCUCCCACGUACAGUCAGGCACAAGAAGCGGUGUUGCGCUCCAUCCGCUCGACCCCGUGUUUCUCUGUGGCCGACCUCCAGCAGCGCCGCCCUCGCUCCGCCGAUCACCCGGCCGCUCUCCCCCUCCUGCCUCACUCCUGGAGCACCGGGAACCUGUGCGCGCCCACGUCAUCGUCCCCCAGCCCACUUCACCUCCAUCCCCCCGGCGCAGAGACAAGAGCCUGCCAGUGGACAGUAGGGGUAGGAUAGAAACCCUGAGACAGCAGAAGCCAAGCUGAGGAAUGUACUUUAAAGUCUGAAUGUAUUUGACAAGAAGAGGAAGGUCAGAGUGUAUUAGGUGUGGACAGUUUUUAUACUAAAGUCUGUAUGUGAUUGGAGUUUUAAAUGUCUGAAAGAGCUGCUGUGCACCAGACCGAACACAGUUUAGUGUAGAGUUUUAGUGUGUAUUUUGUUUCUAAAAUGUUUUUUUUUAUAAGCUCCCCUGUAAGACAAGUUCUCCUGUAUGUUAGAGA